AUGGAUUUCACCGAGGCUUAUGUGGAAAACAAUCCCGAGGAGGUUACAGUCAUUGAGACGCCUGCCGGUAAGCCUUCACCAUUGAACUACAUGGAGUACUCGGCCGCGGACGCCCACGAGUGGGCCUCCAUGGCCGCUUCCAAUACCGCUCCAGCUACUCCUGAAGCCGAUCCAGCUUUUACUUACGUCGCUCUAGCUCCCACUGACGCCAAUCCGGCUGACCAAAACGCUCUCGAGCAUGGAUGGGGUGAGCGUACUGCAUUCAACUAUGAUGAGGACGGCGCCAAGGAAAGCCAUGAUUGGGCUUCUAAUGCCGCUCGCUACGAGUGGAAGGGUGAGUAUGAUGAGAGCGCCAUAGGGCCCCGUAAUGAAGACCUGGAGAAGAUGCUUUUCGACAGCGAUUUGAUCCCUCGAGCUGGUAAUCGCGUCAGCGAAUUGACUGACAGCUUGGCUGUCGUCUGUGACAGUCAGACUCCCAUUGCCGCAGUCAAAGAGUGGGACGAUGCGGGCCUGCACCCUAUUAUGCGAGAGAAUGUGCGGCUCUGUCUUUAUGACAAGCCGACUGCUAUUCAGUCUUUCGCUUUGCCUGCUGUUAGCAGUGGCAAAGAUCUGAUCGGUAUUGCACACACAGGAUCCGGUAAAACCGGUGCUUUUCUGAUUCCCAUCUUGUCGGAUCUGAUGGGCAAGGCCAAGAAGUUGGCUGCGGCAAGACCCAAUCUUGCUGAAGAGUUCAUUCCUUCGGUUCACGGUGUUACAGCCGAACCACUUGUUCUGAUUGUCUGCCCCACUCGGGAGCUCGCUACUCAGAUCUUUGACGAAACACGUCGCCUGUGCUAUCGUUCUAUGCUCCGCCCAUGCGUCGCAUAUGGAGGAGCUCCUGUUCGUCUCCAACGGGAGGAACUUAUGAAGGGAUGUGAUAUUCUCAUUGGAAGCCCUGGUCGUAUUAUCGAUUUCAUGGGCCAGCCCAAUGUUUUGUCACUCCGCCGUGUGAGAUACACGGUCAUUGAUGAGGCUGAUGAGCUGCUUCAUUUUGACUGGGAGGAGGAUUUUAAGAAGAUAAUGUCCGGUGGAGAUAUGAAUGAAGACGAGGAUCAUCGCUACAUGAUGUUCUCUGCUACUUUCGAUAAGGAGUGUCGCCGGCUUGCACGCACCUACAUGAUGAAGGAUUACAUCCGUGUCCGUGUUGGCCGUCCCGGCAGUUCGCACCUGAUGGUGUCCCAGCGGGUGUUUGAGGUUCCUGACUCUGGGAAGAAGACAAGACUUUACGAGACCAUUAUGAGCCACAUGCCGACUCGCACUUUGGUUUUCGUCAACAGCAAGACUCAAGUCGACUUUGUCGACGAUUACCUCUACAACCAGGGUCUGCCGUGUACCUCAAUCCACUCCGACCGUACUCAGCGCGAGCGUGAAGAUGCUAUCCGCGCCUUCCGCACUGCAGAGUGCCCCAUCCUCGUCGCUACUGGCAUUUCUGCCAGAGGCCUGGAUAUUGUGAACGUGAUGCACGUCAUUAAUUAUGACCUACCCAAAGCUCAUCAUGGUGGUAUCACCGAAUACAUCCACCGGAUUGGCCGUACAGCUCGCAUUGGCAAUGAAGGAAUCGCAACCUCCUUCUACAACGAUCGCGACGAGGACAUAGCUCCUGCACUUGUUAAGAUUCUCUUAGAAACCAAGCAAGAUAUCCCUGAAUGUCUUCAGCAAUUCCGUCCCGAGGAGGAUGCGGUCACCUUUGACGAUGACACUGAUCAGGAGGAGGAUGGCGACGAUAAGAAGAAUGGUGAUGGCGACAAGGCGGCCUUUUCGGGGGAUGAGUCCAAAACCGUGGACUCUGAUGAUAAUCGCCAGUCUCGCUGGACUCGCGAGGAUACAAAGAAGGAAGAAGUUCAACCCGAAUGGUAA